AUGUCUUCAGAACACCGUUGCUGUGACUCGACUAGUUUUGGUCCUGGUUAUAAAUCUUCCUUGGAUGCUAUGCAAAAUGGUCCACAUGAAGAGUAUCUCUAUAUUGUAAUGAUUUCAUGUGAUGAAACAAAACCGGACUACUUAGCUACAAUCGAUAUUAAUCCUCAUUCUUCACGAUACCAACAGGUCGUUAGCCGUGUCUAUGCUCAACAACCGCAAGAUGAAUUUCAUCAUUUUGGAUGGAAUACUUGUUCAAGCUGUCACGGAGAUCAAGAGAAAAAACGACGAUUUCUUAUUAUUGGAACAUUAAAAUCAUCAUGUCUCUAUAUCAUUGACACUGCUGAUGUUCAAAAACAAAAAAUUCAUAAGAUUAUUCAUACAGAUGAAUUGAAGAAAUGGGACUUGAGUGCACCGCAUACGAUACAUUGUUUAGGCAUGUGCCGAUUUUUUUCCUUUGAUUCUUAA